AUGAAGACUACUUUCAGAUCAAUAUGGCUAUUUCUUCAAAUUUACCUUGCUUUAGCUUCAAAUACAAAAACUAACCAAAUUUUUGGGCUUGUUCCAGAGGAGCAAUGUAAAAACUUUGGUUGCAAAAAUGUUAAGUCAGCAAAUUAUUAUACAUCAUGUGGGCAAUCUGUUUUUUGCACUAAAUGCCAGUUGAAUGUAUUUAAGCCAUUGACACAUAUUUGUGGCGGAUGGAAUUUAGGAAAAUUUGAAAGAAUUUUAUUGGCAAAUGGGUCAAUAUAUUCAAAUUUAAAGAUAAGUGGUAACAGCUUCGAAGAUUUGCAUGCGGACUGGGGCGAAAAUAAACCCAUUGAUUUAAGUAAAUGCCAGCUGGAAAAUUUUAACUACAAUACUGCUUACUCAGCAUUUUCAGUUGGUGGGUAUACUUCACUUUAUUCUACUGUGACUUUUAAUAUUGCAAUUUUGGUAAAUAAACCAAAGGGUAAGGAUAUUCCUCCAAUAGAGUUUCAGAUAGAUCUAGAUGAAACUUUGGAAGAGAUUAAUAUAAGAGGUAUGAAUGCCAGAAUAAGAAGAGAAAAAUCUCUUUGCCCUAUUACUCAUAAUUUAAACCCACUGAAGUUUCAACAGAAGAAAACAAAAGAAAAUAUGACAAUGAUUUCCAAAUCUUUCUCUAUACCACUUGAUAGGUCCGGAGUUUAUAGACCAUAUGAAUUUAAGAUUAAAGCUAAAUGCAGUAAAAAAAAGUCAUGCGAUAUGAAAUAUUACAAAUUUUGUCUCCGUUUAUCCUGCUCAAGAAUGCUUGAAUCACAGCUAGCACAGUAUAAAAUUGUUCAGGGAUUGUUGAAAAAUCAUCCGGAAACUAUAUUGCGACAGGCGGAGGAGUACGAGGAUGAAGAUUUCAAGGAAUCUAGCCAAAAUAAAGAAUCUGAAGAUGCGGAGUCAUCCAAUAACAGAGAUAUUGAUGAAUACGAGGCAGAGAAACCAUACGAGUUCACAGAAAAAGUGCAAAUCAGCAAAAAAGUGCCAAAAAAAAUCAAUGAAGAGUUACAACUUGGAAGGCGUAUUGUUUUCAAUGGAAAUUCUGCAAAAAACCCAAAAGGACUCUUAAUGAGUAACUUAUUCUAUAUUGUUUCAGGAUUUGUAGUUACGAUUAUUUUAGUCUUUGUUUGCUUCUUAACCAUGAGGAGAUAA